AUGUCCAAUGAAUGUGUCUCUGUGCAGAGAAUAAAUAUCGAGAACCCCCUUCAAUAUAUACUCGAAGCCAAAAACCGAACCGGAAACCGCAGGAUUCAAUUGUCUGUUGGCCCUUUAGAACGCCCCAUCGGGAAUAGGCGCUUUCCCUCACGAAACGACAGAUUUGGUGCCGAGUUUUUCAGCACCAAAGCUAAAUGUUCUGUUUGGGAGCUAGGCGUCGACCCCAAUUCUAGUGGGCAUUUCACUCAGACAGCCGCGGUCCGGGGUCUUUCUGAGAACUUUUGCUUCGCGCAGACCCGCAUCUUUGCAUUCUUACCACUGGACGGCCCAAAAUGCUCCCAGUAUGUUUUACUCAGCCGUGCUGCUCUUUAUCGCCAACUAAGUUUUUUUUUGGCGGCUGUCUGUCCCAUUGGGGGGACCUGGACGCUGUUGUGUCGAAAGAGUUUUUCUUUUAUCAUGGCUUGUCUUUCGUCUCCCCACAUCUGUACUGCUUAUUAA